CCCCUUCCCCAUCCAAAACAACAACAAAUUCAAUACAGAGAGAGAAAGUGUGCAAGUUUGAAUGAAGUGAGGAUAAUAUAUGCUAGAUUCAGAAAACAAAUUAAGAACUAGUUCAUCAUUUUCAUCAUCAUCAAAAUUGGAAUUUUUCUUCAAGAAUCAUUAACUAUUGAAGUCUGUCUUUCUGUCUCUCACAUUUGGAUCAGUUUCUUUUCAUUUCUAAGAACUUGCAGAAGCAGGAGAGAAUCUGGGUUUUGUUGUUUCUCAAUUACUACUCAUUCAGAACAAGAAUGAGGUUAUCAUCACUGUCACUGAACAUUUAGAGCGUAUUCGGACGACGGUGGUAGGAAGUGUAUUCCACGAGUAAGGCCGGAAAAAGUGUGCGGCCGGGAAUAAUAAACAACAAAGAGGAAUUAGCAAUGGUGGAAACCCCAUCUCCUAAUCAAGUUCCUAGCAGUUUAGAAAGAACUAGUAGUGACGAAGGAUCAGGAUCGUCAACAAGAUCAGCGACGGGGUUGAGGAAAAUUACCAGAAGCCGUUACCCAGUCCAUGAUGAUGGAGUAUCAGAUCUAAACAUUGAAUGUUCAGGGCAAACUUGUAAGUCAUGUAGUGCAACCGUUGUUGCUGAUUUUGUUGCCAUUUGUUGUUGUCCUUGCGCAGUUUUAAACUUUCUCACAUUAACCUUAGUUAAGGUACCUUUUACAAUGGGAAGAAAAGGUUUGAGAUUAAUCAAAAAGAAAUGUGUAUUAAAAGAAAAGAAAAAACAGAAAGGAGGUAAAGGAAAUAAAGGUUCUCUUCCUCCUCCUCAUGGUGUGAUUAUUGAUGGAGUUGAGAAAUGUAGUAGAGGAGGAAUGGAAUUGGUCUCAGUUGAAGGGAACAUUGAGAUUCCGAUUGGGAAUAAUAAUGUUAAUGGGGAGCACUUCUGUGCUAGAGUUGAAGCUGAAAGAGUAUGGUUGGAAUUUUAUCAAGUUGGGCAUUUGGGAUUUGGAAGAGUUUCUUUCACUGGAAUCCCUGCUAAUAAUAAUAUUAAUAAUAAGAGCAAUUAAGGAGAAAUUACAUUUUUCAUGAUGAUUUGCCACUGUAAAUUAUUUUUUACAACUUGAUUACCAAAACUGGAUAUUGUUUUAGGGUUAUUCAUCUUGUCAUGUUGAAGUGGUAGAAAAAUCAACUACCCUCCUAUGAUGUUGACUCU